AACAGUGUGUGUGUGUGUAUAUGUGUAUGUGUGUAUAUGUGUGUGUGCGCGCAGCUCAGGAUUAGAUCCGGCAGAUCACCUCGUGCCUAAAACACUCAUCAAAAUAAAUAAAUAAACAACAACAACAACAGGACGGCAGGAUGAACGCGGUGACCGCCGCCUCCUGUCUGCUCGUCGCGGGCUUCAGCUGCUUCCUGUACGGCAGCGAUGUGUUCUUACCGCUGCUCCGCUCCUCUGUCACAGACUCCUCCAUGCCGGAGCCCGGAGCUGCUCCGCGGCGCAGCCCGCAGGGAGUUCCCUACACCGACCUGCAGCACAUCGUCAACGCCGACGGACUGCACCUGUUCUGCCGCUACUGGGAGCCCGCCGGCCCGCCAAGGGCUCUGGUGUUCGUGGCCCACGGGGCCGGGGAGCAUUGUGGGCCGUACGAUGAGGUCGCACAGAGACUGAAGGAGCUGUCCCUGCUGGUGUUCGCACACGACCACGUCGGUCAUGGUCAGAGUGAAGGAGACAGGAUGAACAUCAAAGACUUCCAGGUUUACAUCAGAGACGCUCUGCAGCACGUCGACCUGAUGAGGUCACGUCACCCCGAGCUGCCCGUCUACAUCGUGGGUCACUCCAUGGGCGGAGCGAUCUCCAUCCUGACGGCGAGUGAGCGGCCCAGUGAUUUUGCUGGAGUGGUUCUGAUCGCACCGAUGGUCCAGAUGAACCCGGACUCCGCCACGCCAUUCAAGGUUUUCCUGGCGAAGGUCCUGAACCACAUGUUACCCAGCCUCACUCUGGGCUCCAUUGAGUCUAAGUGGGUCUCAAGGGACAAGACAAAGGUGGAGGCUUAUGACGCUGAUGAGCUGAACUUCCACGGCGGGGUGCGGGUGUCGUUCGGCAUGCAGCUGAUGGGGGCCGCGGCUCGCAUCGAGCGGGAGAUCCCGUCCAUCAGCUGGCCCUUCCUGCUGCUGCACGGCGACGCUGACAAGCUCUGUGACAUCAGAGGCUCCAAGAUGAUGUACGAGAAGGCCGCCAGCUCCGACAAGAAACUCAAGGUGUAUGAGGGCGGUUACCACGCCCUCCACCACGACCUGCCGGAGGUGGCCGAGUCCGUGCUGAAGGAGGUGACCGGCUGGAUCACAGAGCGCCUCCCCGCCACCACGCCGCCACAACAGCAAGUGUCGUAGAGCCAAGCGUCAGAGCUCAGUGUCCUGCAGACCCAGAGUCACACAUCACAACACUUCUGUGUCUAGUCUGAGGAACACAGUGGCGCAUUUAGACUGACAUUACUGUUCACUAACAGUAACCCCCCCCCCCCCCUGUACCUGUCCAUCAAACACCUCCUCUUAUUGUAGACACUCACACUCUCAGCAGCUGUUUCCCUGCAACACUUCCACUCUUUCAUUAAGGACAUUACAUCAUCAUCAUCAUCAUCAUCAUCAUCAUCAUCUCAUUAGAGCUCAGUCAGAGCAGCUCCAGACCAGCAAGGGUUAAACUUCAGUGUGCUGGGAGUCAAAGUGCAAUAUGAUGUCAUCAUAUCACCCAUGAUGCUUUGCUCAUCACAUUCUGUUUAAUUAGCAAAGUACCAUGUUACUGAUCUGCACAGCGACACAGGCAGGUCAAAGGUCAGGAGUGGCACCUGAUGGACAGUCUGAGUGUAGCUGGGUUUCUCUGAUAAUAUUAUAUUUCUCUUUCUCUCAUAAAGUGAUAUUUAAUUCAUUUUCCUCCCAGCACCUCCGUUUACUGACGCAGCGACCAGUGACACAAUAAUCUUUUUUCUUUAUUGACCAAAUCAAAAAUAACCAGGAGACAACCCAAUAAACACAGGUCAAAGUUCACACAUUGAGUCACAGUAAACAAACAACAACAUAUUAAUCAGGCUUGACGACCUAAACAAGAUAUUAAAGGAUAAAAUAAAUAAACAAAACAAAACCUUUAUUUUUCAAUCACACCUCGCCGUCUGCUUCAACAAGCCGUUCCACAUUUCUAAAUGUUUUCGACAUCAUCAUUUAUUUUUGUAAUUUUUCCUCGUUAAUGUUGUUGAUAAUAUUCAUAAUGUCCCUGAACUGAACUAGAACCAAUGUUUCUAAAGAGGAGGGAAACCAGGUGAAGCUGCUUCUCUCUCUCUGCAGGUGGCAAUUAGAGCGAGAGCACAAAGGGUCAAGAGGCCAGAAAGUCUCUCCUCUGUGUGACCUCUGACCUUUAGGGUCACUGUUAACUUCACAGUUAAGACUCAUUAAACUGAAGCUGCAGACUGGGGCCCAGCGGGGGGGGCACAACAACAGCAGAUCACAGAACAUCAGUCAUUUUACCCAAUCACACGUUUCUAUUAAUGAUGUCACAGUGGAUCCAACCUCAGAACCUCAGAACUCAAAAAUUACAUUUUUAAUUCUCAUAAUUUUAGGACAGUUUUUCUUGAAAUAUUGGGAGUUUAAAGUGGAAAUUUCAGAUUUUUCCACCAGUGUGUGAUCCUCCGUCAUGUCGAGUCCCGGGACAUGAAGCUGUUCAAGCUCAGUGUAGUGAAAUAUAUAGAAAGCAUCAGUCUGCAGCUCCUCUGUGUCUUCAUCACUCUCAGUUCAAAGGGACUCGUGCAGAGCGAGCAGGGGAGGCACAGUGCCGUAUCCACGGUGACCGUUACUCACGUGUAACCACAGCAGCAGGCCGGCAGCAAGGCAGGAUUUUUUUAUUCCAUCUUUCAUGUGUAGUAACCACGGAGACCACGACAAGACUGAGGGAAUGAGACGAGUCUGUGGCUUCAUGUGUGCUGCUCUGUCUCUGUCUCAUACUGUCUCACCCCUUCACUCCCCUCUCUCUCCCUCUCUCCCCCCUCUCUCCCCAUCUCACCCCCCCCCCCCCCCUCUGUGUGAGCAGGCUCUUUGUUCUGUCCAUCACUGAGCCUCUUGUUUCUCUCAGGUCCAGACAGACUGUUGCUGCCUCUGGUGGUCAGUCGUCAGAACUGCACACAUUCACUUAAAUGUUAUUUUUUCCGGGCCAGAUUUAAAUUUGGCUCAAACAUUCACUGGGACUCAAGGAUGAACUGAUUAGAAUUUGGUGGUCAAAGGUCAAAGGUCAACUGUGACCUCACAAAACAGGUUUCCAGCUGUAACUCAUGAAUUCAUUCACUCUAACUCAAUUUAACUCAAAUGUUUAUAAGGAUCAAAUGAAGUGAAGACAUUUGACAUCCAAAAGGUCAAAGGUCAACUUCACUGUGACAUCAUCAUGUUCUGAGACUGUGACCAUGUUUCCUGACACUUAGAGGAAACAAGAGGAGCUGAUUCUGGUUUAAAUCAGCUCCACUCAUUGAACCUUCAUGUCUCACACACACCUGAGCUCUGAUGUGUUCCACUCUUUCUAGAUAGAUAGAUACUUUAUUUAUCUCCCAGGGUUUCGUAAUAAUAAUAAUAGUUGACAAUAAAUAAUAAACAAUAGUAGUUACAUUUUAUUAAUGAUUAAUAAUAGUUGUAUUCUUCUGGUCUGUGAUAUUGAGUGAAACCACUGAGUCCCAGUGGAAAAUGAGAGGCUACAGAGAUCAGCGGUUUCAAUGUGUUGUACAGGACAGAUGAUGAAAUGCAUCAUAAUAAAUAAAUCACAAGAUGUUAAAAUAAAUAAAAGUACAGAAUCAAA